AUGUUUUCACGUUCUGUCGAAUUCGAACGUCGAACAUUAUUAGUACAAUUUAUCAGUGUUAAACCUUUAACAUUCUAUUCAACAGCCGAUGGUACAGAUUUAGUUCAAGAUAUAUUACGAGGUGAAUUAAGCCGAUCAGAUGCUGAUAUACUUGGACAAGAAGGUUCAUUAUCACUCGAUGAUAAUGGCGAAUUUCUUUCGUUUGAACCAACAGAUACGAAAAAUCGAACAUUACAUUUGCCAAUAGAACAUUUAGCAUAUUGUGGCGCUUUAAGACGUAUUCGCCGUGAUAAAUCCGAUGAACGUAAUCAAGAUCAAAUUAAAUUACGUGAAUAUGAAAAUGUUGAUUUAGCCAAUCGUUAUCCUCAACAUAUUACGGGUCCGCCUAUAUUCGUUGCAAUUUUUCAUGGUUUCGACAAUGCACUUUGUUAUACAUUUGUAACACAAAGUUCGGAUGAUGCUUGUAUUUUAGUUUUGAAACUUAUGAAAGUCUUUCGACAAUAUGAACAAAAAUUAAGAAUGCAAAAUCAAGAUGCUGCCACUUCAUCCAUCAAUAAUAAUGGACCGGUGCCUUCGACUGUUGUCAUCGAUCAAGGAGAUCCUUUACAGUAUAUGUCACAGGCAUCCAUCUUUGAUAAUACACAAAUAUUAUCACCACCUUCGUAUAUUCAACUUCCUCAUACGAUAAGAAAUAUGUGUAAUCAAAAUUUGUUUCCAGGUCAGCCUAUGGUAUCAUCUUCAGCUCAUGUUUCUCCGUAUGCUGAUACUUUGCCCACAGCAUCGUCUGGAACAUCCUAUCCUGCAAGCAUUCCAGCCACGAUUUUUAUACGUAACCAAGAUACUUGUGUUUGUUGCCCUUCGCCAUAUUCUAUUGUUCGACAAGAAAAUAUUCGUUGUGAUGGAUCAUAUUGUACACAAUGUCGUUUACCAGUUUCUUCAUGUAGUUGCAUAAUGCAUAACCCAUUAUCGUUACCAGAUUGUUAUUGA